GGAGAGGAGGGGGCCGCCCAGUCUGCUCUGGGCCCUCCUUGCUGGAUCUACUCUGACACGGUGUUCUUCUGCCUGGGAGAGGGGACGCAGAUUUGAGGACAUCUCUGCGACCAGACCAGAAACCUCCCAUCCCCAGAUCCUUCCCCAGGAUGGACAGGGGAUCCAGCUCCUGGCCCCUCCUUGGACUAAACCUGCUGCUGCUUCUGCUGAUACUGCCAUUUGGGGGCCAGGCCAACGCAGAAUGUUACGGGAUCCCCGGAAUGCCAGGCCUGCCUGGGGCCCCAGGGAAGGAUGGGCACGACGGACUGCAAGGGCCCAAGGGUGAACCAGGAAUCCCAGCUAUCCCUGGGACACGAGGACCCAAAGGUCAGAAGGGAGAAGCCGGCACACCUGGGUCUCCUGGGAAAAAUGGCCCCACAGGAGCUUCUGGGAUUCCAGGGAUUCCCGGACCCACGGGACCCCCUGGGGAGCCAGGCGAGGAGGGCAGAUACAAGCAGAAGCACCAGUCAGUGUUCACAGUCACACGGCAGACAGUCCAGUACCCAGAGCCUGGCAACCUGGUCAAGUUCAACACGGUCAUCACCAACCCACAGGGGGAUUACAACAUGAGCACAGGCAAGUUCACCUGCAAAGUUCCCGGCCUCUACUACUUUGUCCACCACACGUCGCAGACGGCCAACCUGUGCGUGCUGCUGUACCGCAGCGGGGUCAAGGUGACCACCUUCUGUGACCACAUGUCCAGCAGCAAGCAGGUCAGCUCAGGCGGUGUGCUACUGCGGCUUCGGGAGAGCGAGCAGGUGUGGCUGGCGGUCAACGACUACAACGGCAUGGUGGGUACUGAGGGCUCUGACAGCGUCUUCUCCGGCUUCCUGCUCUUCCCUGACUAGGGGCGCAGGCCAGCGCCAGCCCCAGACCGCCCGACCUCCCUCAGCUUCCCUGCACAAACUUGCUGUGCCGAAUCCUCGCUCAGACGAUUUUCCCCACCUGAUGGACUCCUUCUCCAGAAAGCCCACCCUGAUACCCCGUGCCUCAUGAGUUCUCUCCUUUCUCUGAGCUCCUGCAGGAGUCGCUGCUUUGACUUCUAACCAACACCUCUCGUAUUGUCAUUUGUUUUUUAUAAGUUUUGGAAGAGGCAGGGAGAUAUAUAAAUAAAUGAUGAAAUCAAUAGA